AUGGCCAGCUAUAUCAAACACUCUGAACCCAUAUUCGAUGGCUUGCUACUGUCUACUUUGGCACCUAUAAUUUUCAAUCAAUAUCCAACUGAUCCUGUGCCUUUCGAUGAUACUUCGACACCAUCUAGACGUCCACGAAGGACAUUAACCAAUGGCGAUAACCGCAAAGUGGUCCUCGGCUUCCCACGCUUCACUUUCCGAUAUCAGCGUUCUUUGAUCCAAAAAUACAUGAUUAGCUGA